AUGAAGGCUGAUUCAGCCACGCACGUCGAGCAGUCGGCUGUUAGUCGAAAUCCUGAAUCCUCGAACAACGACAUCCGAGGUCGGGCUAUCCAACAGCAGGAGCACAACCGGACAUAUCUGCAGACACUUGGAAAGGAUCCAUGGCUCCUAUUCUGGAUUGGCGUCAUGCUUUGGACCCUUAUCGUCCGUGGUUUUGAAAAUGGAUCUUCUGGUACCGUUAUCAGUAUUCCAAUGUUCAAAAAGCAUUUCGGCAAACUCCAGGAUGGCCAGUACUUCGUCGAGACCAAGUGGCAGUCAGCCCUCAGCGGCGGUUCCAAUGCGGCCGCGAUUGUUGGUGCUUGGGCUGCAUCCUACUUCGCAGAUAAAUUUGGAACCAAGCCGGUUAUGCUGGCAGCGGCCGCUAUCAAUAUUGCAUCGAUUGCUGUUGAGUUUGCCUCGACUUCCAUCGCCAUGUUCUUUGGUGGAAAGAUGAUGAACUUUGUGGCUAUCGGCGCUUUCCUCAAUCUUUGCACCGCCUACGUUGCCGACAUCUCGCCAUUGGCGAUUCGAGCCUCUGUUAUCGGCUUCUGCAACCUCUCUCAGUGCAUCGGUCCCUUCAUUACAUCCAUCAUGUCCUACUUCACUCAAUAUUGGGAUACUGAUUGGUCCUGGAAGUCGCUGAUUUGCGCUCAGUGGGGAUUCGCUGCAGUGGCGCUUGUCGGACACAUAUUCAUGCCCGAGUCCCCCGUCUAUCUGGUCCAGAAGGGCAAGAUGGAGGAUGCUCGUAAAGUCCUGCGCCGUUUGUAUUCUGACCCCGAAGAUGCUGAAGGGCAUCUCGAGCGAAUCAAACUGACCUUGGAUGCGGCGGAAACUCAUAACUCGGGCUCGUAUCUUGACUGCUUCCGAGGUACCAACUUGCGUCGAACUAUGAUCGCCAUUAUGGUCUUUCUAUCCGAGCCCAUGUCCGGUCUCGGCUUUGUCUCCAACUAUGGUGCUCUCAUGUACCAGUAUCUGGGCAUUUCGGAUGAAAAGUCAUUUGCAAUUGCAAUUGGCGCACAGAUCCUAUCAAUGUCUGGCGCUACGAUUGCCUUCAUUGUUUCCGACUUGUACGGCCGACGGCCCAUGUACAUUGGCGGCUGCAUUGGUCUCUGUGCGUUGCUUGUGUGUAUGGGAAUUGCUGGCUCGGUUGACUCAACCAGCGCUACAACUGCAGCCGUGGGAUUCUACACCAUGUACAAUUUCUUUUACAAUGUUGGCGUUGGGUCGACAGUCUACACUAUCGCUGGCGAAAUCCCGACAUCGAUCCUACGCACAAAGACGCUUGCCGUCACUCUAUCGACAUCCUCUGCUGUCAACACCAUGUGGUCUUUUGUUGCACCAUAUAUGUUUAACCCCGGAUUUGGAAAUCUCAAGGCGAGGAUUGGGUUCGUAUUUGGAGGAUUUAUGCUUGUCUUUGCUGUUCUGGCAUAUUUCUAUGUUCCUGAGACCCGCAUGAGGACCUAUGAGGAGCUGGAUGAAUUGUUUAUGAACCACGUUCCGACUCGUCAAUUCCGCCACUAUCAAACCGUGGCCGAAGAGCGUGCUGCUGAAGCAUUCGAUACUGUGAUGGAAAAGAAGGCUAUUGGAGUCGAGAAGGCUUAA